UGGAAAUCCUUUUCAUUCUAACGGAUGUUCCACUGUCCAAUACGAGUAAAUGAGCAUGUGUUUAUUUUCGUCAAGGCUGUAAAGUCCUGGUGCUCGUAGCGCAUAGACAUCUCGUAUCCUGAAGAAGAACAAUGAAACUGGAAGGCGGGAUAGCAAGUUUAGCGUGGCUGAUUGUUACUGCGCUUCUCAGCUUCACCUCGCAUUUCUACCAGUUUCGUCUCACUCUCAAAAGUUGAAACUUCAAAUUUCAUGUCCUAUCGUCUUUCGUUGCUCCUAACAAAUAUACGAUUGCCAGAAAGAUGGGCUUUUGAAGGCUGCUAUUAGUCCUAAGAUUUUGGGGUGCAGGAAGGGUGUAUAGGAAGCUUUUGUUUAUGAGCAAAUGAACCACUCUCGUAGCUUCCUAUGGAGAUUCCCCUGAUCAUACUGCAAUGCAUUCAAGGCUUUAUCAGCAUCAACAUCAACUGUGGUUGUGAGGUUGACACGGACCCAGACACCACCCUGGAUUUGAAGUGGUGCAACUGGCUGAAGAAGGUGUCACGAUCAACGCUACUGUAAACCUCAAUCCAACCGUUGUUCCCGGAAAAACUGCUCUGGCUUCAACCUGGGUAAUCCUGACGGCAAGGCUCGAUCGUAAUUCUAUUACAAAUUGCCUGUGGGUUUCAAUGAAACACAUGAAACAAGACUAUGGCCGACGGUAAACAUUUCGAUGCUCCUGGGGUUCAGCUCCUGUUGGCGGGAUUUCAAAUGCACAACAUCUUCUCGACGAGCCUAGAAACUGAAGAGACUAAACUGGGAGCAACACCUCCACAAACUCAUCAUCUUCGCUCGAUGCAGCCUCCGACGACAAUCAUCUUAUUUCUGCCCAGGCUGGAACCAUGAUAUCUGGCGACUAAUGGCGGGGUUUUUCUUGUGUCAAUUAUCUCUGCGACUGAAAUAGGGGAGCAGAAGCACAAUGCAUUGGGCUGGAAUUCUUUCUGGUGUCUUACUCUCGAACCUUAUUCUCUCCCCGGUCCUCUCGCAGUCUACUGUGGCUUCUCCAGAAGAUAUCUGCCCAAGCUGGAGCCGUGAUAUCUGGCAACUAAUGGCCGGCAAUGUUUUGUGUCAAUUUUCUCUGCAACUCACAAGCCAGCUUCCAAUGAAAUUGGGGAGCAGAAGCAGAAAUUUCUUGGCUGGAAUUCUUUUUGGGGUCUUAUUAUAUAACCUGAUUCUUUCUCCGGUCGUCUCCCAGUCUACCGAGGGCUCUACACAAGGAUUCAUAAGCAUCAGCUGUGGCGGCUUGAGUGGAGUAGACCCUAUCACCUCACUCCAGUGGAUCACUGAUGAGACUCAUCUGCAGUCAUUCGAAAGUCUUUAUCAAGAUAAUGUGAUCUACACCGCCGACGUUCAGUACAACGAGAGCUCACCUAGCCUGCCGAAUGGCGAACAGUUAAAAACUGCUCUGGUGUUCCUUCCCAACAAAAUGACACGCUCGAAGUUUUGCUACAACUUGCCGAUUGCAUUUAACGCAACUGAAGGAUCACGAAAUUACCUUCUUCGAGCAAUGUUUCCCAGCAAAAACUUGACUCUGAAAGAAAAAGCAUUGUCGGGAUAUGCCACUCGGUUCUACCUUACUGUCGACUCCACCUACAUCACAACAAUUGAGCUACUGCCAUCUAUGCCGCGGACAAUCGAGCUGGUCGUCUCUUCAAUGGAUGACAGAUUUUACGUUUGUCUCGUGCCCUUAGAAGACAAGUCCUCGAUGCCAGCUAUCUCAACUCUGGAGUUGCGUCCGUUCAGUCUAGAUUAUUAUGGCAGAUAUGGUCAGUCGAGUAAAAUGCAACAGUCGAGCUAUCUGAUGCUGGUUGAUCGUUUGGACUUCGGAGGAAUACUUGAUAAUGAGUCGCCUCCUCUCAGGUAUCCCGCAGACCCUUUCGAUCGUAUAUGGUCAUCCCGACGAAUUCCCGAAGGAGCGCAGUUUGAGACUUACAACAGGACCGAAGAUGCAAACCUUUCGUAUGGCGGGGAGAAUGUUCACUUCCCUAUUGCAGUUAUGAGAUCGAUAUGGAAGGGAAAAAAUUUAUCGUCCACCAUUAACUUUGAGGUUAAUGUGAAGAGCGCUAGAGCCCUCCGUCCACUACCAACAUUCUGGUUCCAGAUGAUAUGUUCAAACGUUGUUUCUGGAGAUGUGAAUCCUCAUCUAAAGGCCAGUCUAAUCGACGGUGAUCUAGCUUGGAUCUGGUCGGCGGUUGAGGCAUACACAACUCCCAGUUUUGUUCAGCUAUUGAACACCGGCCAGGACAUCCGUAGCGAUUCGUUUAUAAUCAGAAUUGAACCAAAUGAAACCACAGACGCACCUGUUCUGGUAAAUGCAGCCGAGAUUCAUGGUGAGUUUUCAGCGGUGGCAGUGAGAACUUCAAAACUUGAUGUGGAUGCAGUCAUGAAGCUUUUUCCCAAUUUCGCAUCAAGUUCUGUAGACACAGCUGGCGAUCCGUGCUUGCCAGUUCCUUGGGGCUGGCUAGUUUGUAGUAUCGAGUUGCCCCCUACAAUAACCCAAAUAAAUCUUACUGGCGAAGGUGUGGCCGGUGUAUUGCCUACUGAACUUGGAGCACUGAGUCAAUUGACGAUUUUGGACCUGUCUGAAAACAAUUUCGACGGGUAUUUUCCUGAUUCUCUUGGAGGAAUCCGCACACUCAGAGAACUGAACUUGGGACACAACAAGCUGCAUGGAGAGUUACCAUUAUUCAGUCCAAAAUCACUUGACAAUCUGGUAACGCUAUCACUGUCGAGCAAUAUGUUCAGAGGGACACUGGAUUCAUUAAUGGAAGCAUUAGGCGAAUCAAUUCAAAACUUAGACCUCAGCAAUAACAAAUUCGUCGGAGCUGUACCUUGGAAUAUAGAAGAGCUAGAAAACUUGGAGAAUUUGGAUAUGUCCAACAACCAAUUGUCGAGCGAGUUAGCAGUCAGCUUCAGUAAGCUCUGGAAAUUGAAAACUCUGAACUUGAGCCUUAAUAAUCUGAACGGUACAGUGCCUGACAGCAUUUGGAACAGUCGCAAUCUUUCAUUUGUAGACCUCAGCAAUAACAAUUUCGUCGGACCCGUACCUGGGAAUAUGGAACUGCUAGAAAACUUGGAGAAUUUGGAUUUGUCCAACAACCAAUUGUCGAGCGAGUUAGCAGUCAACUUCAGUAAGCUCAGGAAAUUGAAAACUCUGAACUUGAGCCUUAAUAAACUGAAAGGUACAGUGCCUGACAGCAUCUGGCCUGACAGCAUAUAUAACAAUCGCAAUCUUCAAUUUGUGAAUUUGAGAAACAACAGCUUUGUGGAAUUGAAUCUUACAACAUGGUAUAAGAGGGUUGCCGAAGGCAAAAGUCUCGAUGCUCCUCGACUUCAGCUGCGUUUGGCUGGAAAUCAAAUACACCGCAUUAUCUCACCGAGCCUUCAUACUUUAGAGAGUAAAAUAGUAGCGCCACUUUCACUAUCUGAGCAGCUCCUCUCGAUACAGUCUCCACAAACUUUUAUCUUGCUUGGAGAUAAUCCGUGGUGCCUGAAUGAUAAUGAGGGAGUGAAUCUAGCGUUCAUCAAAAAAUACAUGUGCCGAUCUGACGAGCAUGAGAACUUCUGGCCGUCCCCAUCACACGAUGGUGUCCAAACAGGAAUACUAAUUGCCGCCGGCAUGGUAUCUGGAAUUUUCGUGUUACUUCUGAGUUGUUUAAUCAUAUUCUUCACGUGGAAAAUGAGAAGACGCAGUCGUGAACUUCAACAGAUACAAGAAGCUUUAGCAAAAGAGCACGUGAAGCCACCGUUUUUCAGCUACGUUGAACUCAAAACGGCUACACAGAGUUUCUCAAGUUCCAACGAGUUAGGAAAAGGUGGAUUUGGCACUGUUUACAAGGCUGAACUAGCAGAUGGGACUAUUGUUGCCGUGAAGAGACUCACUCCGACAAAGCAAAGUACGUCGGACUUCCUGAAAGAAAUGGUGAACAUCUCUGGUAUCAAACAUAGACAUCUGAUUCAACUCAAGGGAUGUUGUGUAAGGAAUCACCAACGAAUGCUGAUUUACGAAUACGCGGAGAACAAGAGCCUCGCAGAAGCACUGUUUGGUUCAGGUCCUCAAUGUGCGACUGUCUUGAACUGGAAACAACGUUACAACAUAUGCUUGGGCAUAGCCCGUGGACUCGCGUACUUACAUGAAGAAUUGCAGCCGGGUAUGAUUCACAGAGACAUAAAGCCGGAAAACAUUCUUCUGGACAAGAAUUACAACGCAAAGAUUGCCGACUUUGGACUCGUCCGGCCCGCUAAUGAUUCAAAUCACACUCUAUUCACCAUGAACAUUGGAGGAACGAGGGGCUACUUUUCACCAGAGUAUGCACUAGAAGGCGUCGUUUCCGAGAAACUGGAUGUGUAUAGCUUUGGUGUUGUCUUGCUGGAAAUCGUUGCUGGAAGACAGUGCAUCGAUCUGAAGUUGCCACAGGAACAAAGUAUUCUACGCUCCUGGGCUAUAACGUUGUACACGGAAGGCAAGGUUUUGAACUUGGUCGAUAAAAGACUGGAGGGCAAUUACGACGAAGAAGAAGUCCUGCUCGUGGUGGACAUGGCUCUGUCUUGUCUGCAAACAGAUCCCAAGAAACGCGCAACGAUGUGUCAACUGGUGAACGUCCUCAUGAAGAACUCAAAUGCAAGUGUAGCUGUGGACAUCGUCAACGAGCUAAAAUUCCAGACACCAUACUUGUUGAGCAUAUCAGAGAACGAACACUACGUGGAUACCUAUCCUAGUAGACAAGGCGUUCAAGGAGAAUCAGUCGAACUUGCUUUAAUGUCAUCAUUUGCCAACGAUUCACAAGCCUCAGUUAUGGUGCCUCGAUAGUGCGUACGUGAGCUCAUGCAGUAUCUCAAGUUCCUAGAUUAGGUCUUCAGUACCCUAUGUUCUCUUCCAGAUAUCUCAAUUGAGAUUACCUUUGCGUGUGCCCUUGAGCCACUGACGUAGGGAGAUCAGUAAUUACCUUGAACAAGAGUUCAUUUACUUUAUGCCGCGUCUAAUUUCAAGCAACUGUAUUCCGAUCGUGAGUUAUACAAGGGU